UGAGAAGCGGUGGUUAGGUCAAGAACCGCUUGGGGGACGGGCGGUUUGACCACAAAACGCAUGGGGAAACGUCAUUUCUUGUUGGGGUAGAGCAAAACUGCUCCUCAAGGCGGCACUUCAUGGUAACCGUUGGAUAAGGAGGCGAUCCAACAGCCACACCGCCUGCCAAGUCAGUGGUCCGCGUCUCCCACUGAAAACCACACGUCGGGGGUGCGGUUAGUGCGUGGGGAAAGCAAAACCGUGUGCUUGGGGCGCGGUUUUCGUUGGUGCAAAAUUACGAAACCGCCUCCUAGACCAUGCGGUUCUUCAACUAUAAAACCCACCUCCUCCUCAUUUCUUCACACCAAAAACCCAUUCUUCCCUCUCUCUAAGUUUAUCUCUCUAUCCAUCCCCUCCCCACCCAAAAACCUUGGAAAUAGUGGUAUGUUGGUUGCGGCCUCCACCGUGCAUACCAAAUGUUUGGCCAUCUCCAGAAUGACCUCCACCGCUCUCGACCGAAUCGUUGUAAACGAACAUCUCUGCUUGUUUAAUGUUAUUGACGAUAAAAAAAUCGAGCAUGACAUCUACGUCCUCCUGAGUGGUUAUGAGAAAUUCAUCAUACCACAAUGUCUCGUCAUGUCUGUUUGGAUAUCCAUACACCAUACGAUAACUCUUCUCGUGUCAUCUAUGCAAGUAAUCUCAGUACACAUUUGACGGAGCUCUUCAAGGUUCGGUCUCGUAGCGACUUUCACUUUAUGAAAAUUGCCACUAACGUACCCCCUCUCCGGUCUCUUCACUAUAACCAUUCCACUAUAACCCAAGCAUGAAUUUUUGAAAUGUCAUUUGCAAUGCAGUCAAAAGCGCGAUUCUACCUAAAAGCGGAAAAGGGGUAAAAUCAUAAAGCGUAGAAUCAAAGCGUAAAAGCGUAAGUUUUUGAAGCAUACUGAAAACUAACUAAAAAGCUAGGACAUAUACUAUGUAAAAUAUGAAUGCACGAAAUUUAGAUAAGUUAAUAAAUACAUGCAAUUCAUGCCUCAAGUAGAGCAACUUGUAGCAUCUUAAUAAUAAGUUUGUAAACAUAAAUUUUAACAAUAUGCCACUUCUUCCUCUAUGCUAAUGCUCUUUUUGAGCCUAGCUGGUGAAUUAGAUUACUCUAUUAAAGUUAAGAAUGCAUCCAAGUACAUGAUAUGUAUCUUUUAAUCUCAAAUGUAUCAUAUUGUUGGUGAUUUACUUUUAAAAUAUAAUUUUUAUAAUUAAUUUCAUGAAAAGAAUACUCAUUUAGUGAACUAAAAACGUAAAAACGUAAAGCGUUUUGGUGAGCUAGAAGCGUAAAAGCGUAAGCUUUUAAGCUUUAAAGCGCAAUUUAGUCCGAUUUUAUACACUUAAGUUUUUAUAUGGAAACGAAAGCGUUUUGGUGACCUAAAAGCGUAAAAUCGUAAGUUUUUAAGUUUUAAAACGCGAUUUUGACUGCAUGGGUCAUUUGUAAUAAAAUUGUAACUAAAUUAAUACCAUCAAAAUCACAAAUCAUAAUAACAACUUAACAAGUAAUAAAAAACAAACUUACGAAGUAACGUUAAUCGCAAUAACUCAAAAAAGUAAGGUGUACAAUAGAAAUUUGAUGGAGAAUAGGGAGAGGGGUGAGGAGUUGAUGUUCUCGGAGCUGCCUUUUAUAUGCAGAAUUUUCACUAAAACCGCUGGGGGAGGGGGCGGUUUUGCUCUGUCAUGCAGCCUCGCGUCCCUCUGCAUGCAUGCAGUUGUCGGAUGUCGGGGCUACACACAAACUGCUGAGGGAGGGGGCGGUUUGCGCACAAACCACUAGUGGAGGAUGCGAUUUGUGUAUCGACACAUAAAACCGCUUGCUCAAGAAGCGGUUUCUGUUGUCGACCCAAACCGCCUCUUGAAUGGGCGUUUUUACCCCAUAAACCGCUGGACGAAAGAGCGGUUUUUACCAAAAAUAGAAAACGCCACCUGACCAAGCGAUUCUUGUUGAAACUGCAGUCUGACCAAGCGGUUCGUCUCCAAAUCGCGAUCCAAGGAGGCGAUUUUAAAAAAGUGGUGGUAGAUUUGGAAUUUUUUUUUAAAGGGCGGUAGUUUUGGAUUUUUUUUCGGAUUAAAAAUGAAGAGCAGUUUCGGGAAUGGUAAAAGUAUAAAACGAUUGGAGUUAUCGAAGUUGUUACUCAUAACUCAAUUAGCCAUUAGGUCUUACGUUUUAAUCUCUUACAGCGCUCAUCAAUGGCGGACGUCCGCGGCGAAGUCCAGGUCAUAACCUUCGGAGGCAAGGACUCAUCGCUUGCCUCCUCCUCCGUACACGCCAUCGCCACCGGCCAAGCACGCCUCCGCAUCGACUCGUUGGCUCUAGGUAGGCUAGCUACUCAAUUCCCUCCACCUCAAUCUGUGAAAAGAUGCCGAAUCCCCAUCUCGAAAACCCUAAGCCUGAUCGAAUCCCGCGCCUCACUUGUCGUUCUGGCCAACAAGCUCCUCCGCCAUCCCAGUCCUUUGAAUAUCCGCCCCGUUCUCCCUAAUCAGAUUGUCGAUGCCCUAAAUUUGGAUUCCGGCCGCGCUGUGAAUCUCGAAGUUGAAGUGACAGAAGAGGAAGGAUUGUUCGUCGAGAACUCCUGUGCCGAUCUGUGCGGCGUUUCCGCCCUUAUCGACCACGAAGCAGCUCUUCUGGCGACUACAGUGGAUGCUGUGGCUGCAUUGUCGUGCGAGGCGCUGAAAGGAAACGACACGGCGUUCAAUUCCACGGAUGCGGGAGAUGGACUCGUGGACGAGGAUGAGGUAGGUGUCGCUAGUGCUAUGAAGGUUUUGCUCAGUGGAUCAAAGAUGGUGGGAAAGAUUCCUAUUGAGGCAAUUUCGGAUAUUCCUGAAGUUCAUGGAGAAUUGAGGCAGUUUGUGAAGUCAGUACAUUCGAUGACGAGGGUCAGACUGAAUUCCGCCGUGAAACCCGUGCACGGUGGAGAGAUGAAAGAGAGGAAGGCGGUGGCGUCAAAGCUGGGACCUGUGUUCGCGCUAAGGAAUGUUGGGGCUAGUAGUUUAAGCAGGGCGAAGCUGAAUGUUGAAGCUCUAGGGAUUGAAAGUUGCAGAACUGGUUUGCUUACACUGUUUGAGGAGAAAUGCCCUACUGAAUCUGAUUUGAAGAAUGCUGCUAAGUUGGUUUCUGAUUUGCUCUUCGAAGAGGAUUAUCUGGCAUUCGCUCACGCUUUGAAUUGUUUGUUGGAGACUGUGUGGAAUAUCGUAUCGUGGGAGCUUGUGACAGCUUUUGUUGUUCUAGAGGGUGCGAAUGUAACUGAAGUGAAUGCAUGGGAUAAGACGAAUGCGGCGAAGAAGAAGGAGAAAGCAGUGUUAGGGAAAGGAACUAGUGUGAUUGUGCAGCUGAUUGAGGAGUGGUUACAGAGGAAGGAAAGGGAAGGUGCGACUGUGCUGGAGAGGCUAGUGGAUGAUUUGCUGUCUCUUUUUAAACCCAGCCACCCUGAACUCGGCCAGUUAGUAAGCAAAGUGAAAGAGAUGGUGGAAAAGCUUCCUAAGCAAGAACAGGGUGCUUGUGAUUUGAUAGCGUACAAAAAUCAUCUGCCAAAAACUAUAUUCACAACACCAAAGAUGGUUGCUGCCAACUCUCAAGAUGUAAUUAGACUGGUGCGGGAGAUGGAUAAGAGACUAUUCGUGCCAAACAAGAAUGCUGCAGGGAGCGAGAAUCAGCCGCCAUGGGAAUUUAGUAUGGAGCCAUUGAAAAAUAUGGGGCUGCCGUAUCUCGCAGCAGAUUGGUUUAACAGUAAGGAAGAGCAGACCCAAUUUUAUGCUGAAAAGGCUCUAGAGUCCUACAAUCGAGACAAUCCGGAGGCUAAGCUGACAUUGGUGGAAGCUGUAAUGAGCUUUCGGGUGAUACCAUGUAUUCCCAUGCACGUACAUGUCAACUUGAGAGCCAAGGACAAAGAUGGCACUAUCCAUCUGGUUUUUGCAGAAUUAACUUUUGACGUUGACCCUAUCUUGGUCUCUUUCUGCAUCCUAGAACCAGGAGAUUCAGGCGAUUAUUCUCACAAUCGGAAAGGGUGUGGAGAGUGUGACCCUGAGAGUCCUAUCCCACUCUAUCACCCUCCUGACGACAGAUUUAAGCACGGGAAGGGGGUGACUUACCGUCGGCUGCCCCCAUUACCUCCGCCUAGUGAGAGUUUGGAAGAUAUUCCUGAAAAGUUUAGGAGCUUCUACUGCAAAAAGCGUAGACCGCCUACUUGUGCAAUGUCACGGUGAAACAACUGACUAAGGAACUCACUCGAUCGCCUUCCAAAAGAAGUGCCGCAACGAAACGACAGCUUCUCGCAAAAAGGGGGGAACGGUUAUGAGCAGUGCUUAUUAGACCUUUCUAAUGCUUAAUUAGUGCUCUUAGUUCUUGUGUGUAUAUUGUUGAAUUGCUUAUGCACGAUUUGUAAUUUGUGUUGGAUGUUGAAUUGUUGAUGACGGUAGAUGAAUGACUUGAGGGGAAAUGUGAUCUAGAACACGAACUUAAUCUUUGUCUGCUUGGAAUGAAGGGAACUACAGUCUAAAUGAUUUUCUGUGUGUUGGGGCUAUUAGGAAAGGGUCAUGUAAAAGUCUUUUUCCGGACUUCAGCCAAUAUAGCUCCUGCAUGGUU